AGAGAAAGUCCCUUUCAAAUGGCAGCCUUGAUGAGAAAUCCAGAACCCCAAAAAGAUUACAGACUUUGGAAAAUUCAAAUGUUCUAUGUUUAAGGUCUAUGCUCUGCUCAAGAACAAAAAGACAUGCAAAAAAGGCUCUGGGAUUGAGAAGAUGAGUCCUGGAACCCUUGCCCACGCUGCUUCUACUACCGGGCACCCUUUACACAACUUCCCAAAUGGAAACAGUAACGUAUGUAGGCCAGGCCCCAUAAAAACCCAGACAAAAUUUUCCGGUGGAGUUUAGGAAAGAAAAGGUAUGGUCCAGACAGAGUGGGAUGUAGGCUGAACCCCAUGAGAUGCACACACAGGCGUAUACUUUAAAAGAGGCUAGAUCAGGACGUUUAAGAGGGCAGUGUUUUGUUUUGAAUGGAGGAUUUACUGCCAUAAACACAUCCGACUUGUACUACAAUGAGUACGGGAGAGCUGAGAAAGCAUCGAGUUGUUUAUAGCAGUCUGGUAGUGAAGUGACAAAAGAGCCCCUUCGCUAAACUCGUUGCCAAGUUCCCUCCCCAGCCUGUUCCCUCAAGUGUCAGUAACCCCGCUCCCGCCCGGGGGAGAGCAAAGGGUUUCAACCCUCCGUGUCCCAGCCGGCUGUGGAGACCCGGGAUCCGCUAGGUCCUUCACAUCCGCCCGCCCAGCUCCGGGGAGGCGGGGACAGGGGAUCGCGGCUGGAAGGGCCGCGGGCGGCCAGGGAGGGCGGAGGGAGGCCGAGGAGGAGGGCGGCGGGCGGUUUUAUUGUUUCCUUUCGCCCUCCUCCUCCCGCGCUUGGCCCCGGCGUCACUGGAAAGCCGCCCGAGCAGCCCGGCGGCGGGUUAUUUAUAGCGCGGGCUGCGCGCGCGUCACGGAGCCCGGCCCGGCUGACGGGGCCGCUGACGCGCUUGGCCGCGGGGCCGAGUCCGCGGGGUUGCGCGCCGGGCGCCGGCGACAAUGGGCUUCUGUGUGUGCAGCUGCCGCCGCCGCUGGGGGCCGGGGGAGGGGGGCGGGCUGCCGCUCUCUGACCACCCUCCCUCUCGCCUGCGACCCCCAGAAAGGUAACCGGCCUCCUCUGACCCUGGCCGGGGCCCGCCAGCUGCAGGUUUUUUUUCUUUUAAGAUUUUAUCAGUAACUUCCCCCUGCCCCCACCUCCGCUUCCUCCUCCCCUGUACCCCCUUCUUGCCACCCAACAUGAGGAGAGAGGGGGAUUUAGCCGGCCGGGGGCGACUACUUUCUGCGUCCCGGGGAGCGGGACCCGCUCACGGCGCGCCCAGCGGGGAAUGCGGUGACCGAGGGGCCGGGAGCGCCGGGCAGGGAGGAGAUCCAACAGGCUGGGCUCUCCACUGCUUUUCUAAAGAUCUUGGAAACUUUGUCCUUCAUUGAAUUACGACACUGUCCACCUUUAAUUUUCUCGAAAACGCCUGUAACUCGGCUGAAGCCAUGCCUUGUGUUCAGGCGCAGUAUGGGUCCUCGCCUCAAGGAGCCAGCCCCGCUUCUCAGAGCUACAGUUACCACUCUUCGGGAGAAUACAGCUCCGAUUUCUUAACUCCAGAGUUUGUCAAGUUUAGCAUGGACCUCACCAACACUGAAAUCACUGCCACCACUUCUCUCCCCAGCUUCAGUACCUUUAUGGACAACUACAGCACAGGCUACGACGUCAAGCCACCUUGCUUGUACCAAAUGCCCCUGUCCGGACAGCAGUCCUCCAUUAAGGUAGAAGACAUUCAGAUGCACAACUACCAGCAACACAGCCACCUGCCCCCCCAGUCCGAGGAGAUGAUGCCGCACUCCGGGUCGGUUUACUACAAGCCCUCCUCGCCCCCGACGCCCACCACCCCGGGCUUCCAGGUGCAGCACAGCCCCAUGUGGGACGACCCAGGCUCGCUCCACAACUUCCACCAGAACUACGUGGCCACCACGCACAUGAUCGAGCAGAGGAAAACGCCGGUCUCCCGCCUCUCCCUCUUCUCCUUUAAGCAGUCGCCCCCCGGCACCCCCGUGUCUAGCUGCCAGAUGCGCUUCGACGGGCCCCUGCACGUUCCCAUGAACCCAGAGCCGGCGGGCAGCCACCACGUGGUGGACGGGCAGACGUUCGCUGUGCCCAACCCCAUCCGAAAGCCCGCGUCCAUGGGCUUCCCCGGCCUGCAGAUCAGCCACGCGUCGCAGCUGCUCGACACGCAGGUGCCCUCGCCACCGUCGCGGGGCUCCCCCUCCAAUGAGGGGCUGUGCGCCGUGUGCGGGGACAACGCGGCCUGCCAGCACUACGGCGUGCGCACCUGUGAGGGUUGCAAAGGGUUCUUUAAGCGCACGGUGCAAAAAAACGCGAAAUACGUGUGUCUAGCAAAUAAAAACUGCCCAGUGGACAAGCGGCGCCGGAAUCGUUGUCAGUACUGCCGAUUUCAGAAGUGCCUGGCUGUUGGGAUGGUCAAAGAAGUGGUUCGAACGGACAGUUUAAAAGGCCGGAGAGGUCGUUUACCCUCGAAACCGAAGAGCCCACAGGAGCCCUCUCCCCCCUCGCCCCCGGUGAGUCUGAUCAGUGCCCUCGUCAGGGCCCAUGUCGACUCCAACCCGGCUAUGACCAGCCUGGACUAUUCCAGGUUCCAGGCGAACCCUGACUAUCAGAUGAGUGGAGAUGACACCCAGCAUAUCCAGCAAUUCUAUGAUCUCCUGACUGGCUCCAUGGAGAUCAUCAGAGGCUGGGCGGAGAAGAUCCCGGGCUUUGCGGACCUGCCCAAAGCCGACCAGGACCUGCUUUUCGAAUCGGCUUUCUUAGAACUAUUUGUGCUGCGAUUAGCAUACAGGUCCAACCCAGUGGAGGGUAAACUCAUCUUUUGCAAUGGGGUGGUCUUGCACAGGUUGCAAUGUGUUCGUGGCUUUGGGGAAUGGAUUGAUUCCAUUGUUGAAUUCUCCUCCAACUUGCAGAAUAUGAACAUCGACAUUUCUGCCUUCUCCUGCAUUGCUGCCCUGGCUAUGGUCACAGAGAGACACGGGCUCAAGGAACCCAAGAGAGUGGAAGAGCUGCAAAACAAGAUUGUAAAUUGUCUCAAAGACCAUGUGACUUUCAAUAAUGGGGGCUUGAACCGCCCCAACUAUUUGUCCAAACUGUUGGGGAAGCUCCCAGAACUUCGUACGCUUUGCACACAGGGGCUACAGCGCAUUUUCUACCUGAAACUGGAAGACUUGGUACCACCGCCAGCAAUAAUUGACAAACUUUUCCUGGACACUUUACCUUUCUAAGACCUCCUUCCAUGCACUUCAGAGGAACUGGAAAGAAACCCAAAACUGCCCAGACGGGCAAGUCACAGGGCAGAGAGAUCCCCCUGAGCUGCUUCAGCUCUAGCCGGCCCCCAUCCCUUCCACACCCUCCCAGCCCUUUGAUCCCUAAAGAAAAACAAAAACAAAAAAACAAAAACUGUUGCUAUUUCUUAACCUGCAGGCAGAACCUGAAAGGGCAUUUUGGCUCCGGGGCAUCCUGGAUUUAGAACACGGACUACACACAAUACAGUGGUAUAAACUUUUUAUUAUCAGUUUAAAAAUCAUUUUAUUGUUCAGAAGGAAGAUUCCUGAUGUAUGAUGGAAAACGUUUGGCCAUGUUUGGUUGUUGCAGUUAAGACAAAUGUAAUACACAUACACACAUAUACACACACACCCACAUUGUAAGGGGACCCACAAGUAUUGCCCUUUAAAAGACUUCAAAGUUUUCUGCUGUAAAGAAAGCUGUAAUAUAUAGUAAAACUAAAUGUUGCGUGGGUGGCAUGAGUUGAAGAAGGCAAAGGCUUGUAAAUUUUCCCAAUGCAGUUUGGCUUUUUAAAUUAUUUUGUGCCUAUUUAUGAAUAAAUAUUACAAAUUCUAAAAGAUAAGUGUGUUUGCAAAAAAAAAAAAAGAAAUAACUACACAAAAAGGGACAAGCAUGUUGAUUCUAGGUUGAAAAUGUUAUAGGCACUUGCUACUUCAGUAAUGUCUAUAUUAUAUAAAUAGUAUUUCAGACACUAUGUAGUCUGUUAGAUUUUAUAAAGAUUGGUAGUUAUCUGAGCUUAAACGUUUUCUCAAUUGUAAAAUAGGUGGGCGCAAGUAUUACACAUCAGAAAAUCCUGACAAAAGGGACACAUAGUGUUUGUAACACCGUCCAACAUUCCUUGUUUGUAAGUGUUGUAUGUACCGUUGAUGUUGAUAAAAGAAAGUUUAUAUCUUGAUUAUUUUGUUGUCUAAAGCUAAACAAAACUUGCAUGCAGCAGCUUUUGACUGUUUCCAGAGUGCUUAUAAUAUACAUAACUCCCUGGAAAUUACUGAGCACUUUGAAUUUUUUUGUUUUUUUAAAAUGUCUAAGAUUGUCAGUUAAUAUAUUAUUUUAUGUUUGAGUAAGAAUUUUAAUAUUGCCAUAUUCUGUAGUAUUUUUCUUUGUAUAUUUCCAGUAUGGCACAUGAUAUGAGUCACUGCCUUUUUUUCUAUGGUGUAUGACAGUUAGAGAUGCUGAUUUUUUUUUCUGAUAAAUUCUUUCUUUGAGAAAGACAAUUUUAAUGUUUACAACAAUAAACUAUGUAAAUGAAC